AAAUACAGUAAUUACUAUCGUUCACAAGAUUAUUCAAACCGAAACUGAAAUAUUUUCAAAUUUGCCUUCUUAGGCUUUCUUUAAUUUUUUCCAUUUCUUUUUUAUUCUGUCGUGCACAAAGAUAUAGAACAGGUACAAUUGUCUUGAUUUAUCGUUAGUCCCGACCAGAAAUUCGCUGCUGAUGCUGGUGUCAAGAAAGGCAUAAAAGAGAAGUGAAUUAGCAUGAAGAGAGAAACUGAAAACGAGAGAAACAAACAUUUACCGAUAGACAAAGGCUGGGCAUGGUUUGUUCUUGCCGGAACAAUAUUUUAUAUGAUUUUACACGGAGGUAUAAAGAGGAAUUAUGGUAUAGUGUUCGUGGCUAUCCAGAGCAAGUUUGGAUCUACAGCUUCUCUAACGGCGCUCCUGACAACAAUGCAGAAUCUAGUCAUGAGCUUCUUGUGUAAGAUGGUCUUGUUACUAUCAUCUUUGAUCAUCAUGGCUCUAGGGAUGCAUGUCAUGUCUAAGAGGACAUCAAUAAUGCUAGGGGCUUUGACUAUCACAGCUGCACACAUUAUCUCAGCGUUCGCGACAGAUUUACGUCUGCUGUUCGUCUCGAUAGGUUUCCUAGAAGGUCUAGGAAUUGCCUUGUCAAAUCCUGCUAUCAUUGCAACUCUAGGAGAAUAUUUCCAUAAGAGAAGGGGACUAGCAAACGGUUUAACAUUUAGUGGCGGUAGUCUUGGCGGUCUGUUAUUUGCACCGAUCUUUUCAACAUUGUUUACAGACUAUGGAUAUACGGGAACAUUUUUAAUAAUCGCUGGAUUAACCAUGAAUAUUCUUGUAACAAGUGCUUUGUUGAGACCAUUGAAAUCUUUUGAAAGAAAUACCCAGAAAGCAGAAAAGUUAAAAUGUAAAACAGAUGUUUUGGCAAAUACUGCAGAAAAUGAAAAAUUUAUGCCAGUUUUAAACAAGAAUUUAAUAAGCAGUUCUCCUGACAAACUAUCUGGUUCACCAUUAUUACCGCGGGCAAGAGCCUUGUCUGUCGGUAACAGACAAGCACAAACUGUUUCUCAAGGUUCACAUAAAGGGUUAUCGCCCUUAAAUAAUCUUGUUGAAUCAUUAUCACGUUCACGUGUGGCGUUGUAUGCAAGUGUUGACGGGAUUUAUGGAUCUAUUACUGAUAUCCGAGACAACGAAAUAGACGACAAGAACGACAAUGACGAAUGCAAAAUCCCAAAGACAACAAUUUUAGAUAAGCUUAAAGCUUCAUUUGAGGUCAAUUUAUUUAAAAGUCCAUUAUUUCCUGUGUUUUUACUGAUGGCAGCAGUACUUGCACCAACCAGUUAUUUAAUUCCACUGUUUAUAGCUCCUUUAGCAAAUGAUAUUGGUUUAAGUGCGGACCAGAUUGGAUUAUUGAUGUCAAUUGUAUGUGGUGUUGGGAUGUUCUCCAGAGUUACUUGUGCUUUAUUUGCUGAUAAAAAGUUUAUGAGGUUGACUACACUUUUAGCAGUUGUUUCAAUAAUGUCGGGAAUAACAGCACACUGCAUAAGAUUGUUCACUUCUUUUCCAUUAUUGGUUUUCAUGGCUGUGGUAAUAGGUUCGUUAAGAGAUUCAACCGGAAGUUAUUAUGCGUCAUACCACUUUCUGGGAACCAUGUCAUUUGCUGGAGCUGCUUUUGCAUUGUCUUUGCCUAGUAAUGAAAAGCCAGACCAGUUGUCCAAAGAGCAAGAUGAUAUAAAAUUACAUGUAGGUCGCAGAUAUGGCAAAAUUGAAAAUUCAACAGAGGAAAUGACUAUGGUAGAACAUAAACAGCUGUCUGGACUAGACAACAACCACGCGCAGGAACACGUGGAUCAUUCUAUUGCUACCGGAGACGAGAGAGAGAAGCAAUCUACCAUAGAAGAAGUUAAAACCACACAUUUACCGAUAGACAAAGGCUGGGCAUGGUUUGUACUUGCCGGAACAACAUUAUUUAUGAUUAUACACGGAGGUAUAAGGAAGAAUUAUGGUAUUUUGUUCGUCGCUAUACAGACCAAGUUUGGAUCUUCAGCUUCUCUGACGUCAUUACUGACAACCAUGCAUAAUCUAGUCAUGAGUUUCUCGUCUUUGAUCAUCACGGCUCUAGGGUUGCAGGUCAUGUCUAAGAGGACAUCGAUAAUGCUCGGAGCUUUGUCUAUCACAGUUGCACACAUGAUCUCAGCGUUCGCGAAAGAUUUACGUCUGCUUUUCCUGUCAAUAGGUUUCCUAGAAGGUUUUGGAAUCGCUUUGACAAACCCUGCUGUCAUUGCAACUCUUGGAGAAUAUUUCGAUAAGAGAAGAGGAUUGGCAAACGGUUUAGCAUUUAGUGGUGCUAGUUUUGGCGGGCUAUUAUUUGCCCCAAUCUUUUCUACAUUGUUCACAGACUAUGGAUAUACGGGAACAUAUAUGAUUGUCGCUGGCCUCACUUUGAAUAUUCUUGUAACCAGUGCAUUGUUAAGACCAAUUAACUCUUUUGAAAGGCAUAAACAGACGGCAGAAAACAUAAAUUAUAAGACAAACUCUGAAAAGAUUUUGGUAAAUACUGAAGAAGAUGAAAAACUGGAACCGUUACUAGAUACAAAAUUUCAAGACACAAAAUCUGGUUCCCAAUUGUUACCACGGGCUAGAGCAUUGUCUCUUGGUUCCAGGGAGCAACAAACUGUUUCUCAAAGUAAUGAGUUACUGCAGUUGAAUAGUUCUGUCCAGCCAAUAUCACGGUCAUGUAUGACGCUGUUUUCAAGUGCUGACGGAAUUUAUGGGUCUUAUAUUGAUACUCAAGACAAAGGAACAGGUGACAUGAACACAAAAAGCAUAAACAGAAACACAAAGUCAGCAUUUAUCAAUAACCUUAAAGCUUCAUUCGAAAUGAAACUGUUUAAAAGUCCAUUAUUCCCAAUGUUUUUAUUGAUGGCUGCUAUGCUUGUAUCGACCAGCUAUUUAAUUCCAUUGUUUAUAGCUCCAUUAGCAAAAGAUAUAGGUUUAAGUUCGGACCAGACUGGAAUCCUGAUGUCAAUUGCAUAUGGUAUUGGAAUGUUUUCAAGAAUAAUGUGUGCCUUAUUUGCCGACAAAAAGUUCAUUAGAUUGACUACACUUUUAGCUGUUGUUUCAAUACUGGCCGGAAUUACAGCGCAUUGUGCUAGAUUGUUCACGUCUUUUCCUUUGUUAGUUUUUAUGGCUGUGAUUAUUGGUUUGUGCUCUGAUAUAUAUCUAUCAAUGUAUCCAGUUGUUCUGGUGGAAUAUUUGACGUUACCCAAGUUGAAAACCUGUAUAGGAUUCACUAUAUUAUGUCACGGGCUGUCCGUUGCAGGCACAUUCUUUGUUAUUGGCUCUUUGAGGGAUUUGACCGGAAGUUAUUAUGCGUCAUACCAUUUCCUGGGAACCAUGUCAUUCGCGGGUGCUGCAUUUGCAUUAUCUUUGCCAUAUUUCCAUAGAAGACAGCAACAAACUGAAGUGAAAUAGGAUAUAUAAAAAAGUUAAGAUAACAUCGCAGUAAACGGUGUUGUGUUAAUGGACGUUUUUUUGUAAUAAACCUUCUUUUAUGCAUGCGUAUAAAACUGAAAGAUGUUGGU